UAUCGAGUAGAUCGUAGUAUCGUCCACAUCUCUAAUAUCAGCACGCUUACAUACCUAGUACGCAUGCGUAAAUUUUAGUACCCUAUAUUCUCUGUUGGAUUUUUUUCUAAAUGAUUUUCCGAGAAAAAUGUACAUGAUUAUACGAAAAGAAAAUAGAAUUCUAAAGGAAAAUCUGUUAAGGGUUUCUUCUCAAAAGGUACUCAUUACUGCUUUAGUUCCAUUCACGCGGAGAAAAUGAUCGAUAUGACUUCAGGUCAUGUUGCAGAAGAGGCCACAAAUGGUGUGAACAAACUUAAUUUAUACACACUGUCGUCAUGGGACUAUUUCUGCAACAAUGCCAUGCAGGAAAUUAUUCCUGGGGUAUAUUUGGGGCCUUAUUCUUCCGCACAAUUCCACUGCCUAGGUACCCUUCGUGAAAAAGGGAUCAGAUACAUUAUAUGUGUACGUCAGGCAACAGAGGCUCAUUUUAUUAAACCACAAAUUAACGAUCCAAAUUUUACAUAUCUUACUUUGGAUAUUGCAAAUCAUGAAACUGAAAAUAUUUUGAGGUUUUUUCCAAAAGUAAAUGACUUUAUAGACGAAGCAUUAUCGAAGAAUUUUAAGGUGCUUGUACAUGGAAACAGUGGAAAUUCAAGAAGUGCUUCUUUGGUUUUGGCCUACAUCAUGGAAAAAUUUGGAUUAGCUUUAAGUGAGGCCUUGUGUUUCGUUAAAACCAAAAGGGCUUCUGUGAAUCUAAAUGAGGGUUUUAAAGCACAACUUUCAGAAUAUGAACCUAUUUACCGGGCAAGACAAAAUCUUACAUUUAAUGGAUCUUCAAGCAACAUCCGAACUAGACCUAAGAGGAAGAUUGAACAACUUACAGAAACUGUCGAAGGUUAUGGAGAAUACGAACUCAUUCCACCGCCCCCCAGUCCCAUACCUUGGGAGGUAGACUCCCCAGAUGAUGCGAACAGUUUCGGCCCACAGAACGCUACUGAUUUUUCGCAACUUUAUAAGUUGUGGCUUGCCAAAAGAUAAUCCUGGCAGAAUCCUUUUGACUACACACACAAACAAUUAUUAAUAAACAUUUUAUUUAAUUACAAUUUUAAAUUGACUUGUUAUUUAUAAAUAGCUACUGUAAAAUAUCUGAAUAUAUAAUUUUGUACAUUGAAACAAA